AAACAUAAUCCAUUUUCCUAACUUCUCAAUUGCACCAUUGCACGAAGCGAGUGUAGAGACGUUAGCCACGAUGUUCCUACCAUAAGAGAGAAAGAUGCAAACGUUACAAAUGAGUCUGUUGACACAACCUUACGUUCAGCCUCGUUUCCCUUGCAAGCGCUACCCGACCUUCUCCGCAUCCUGCAGAACUCAAAAGACAGCGACCGCGAAAACAGAGAAGGUGCUUUUCAGUGAGUCAUUUGAUCAAACACGUUGCGCGCAGCCUCUCUCUGAAAAGAAGAAGAGGGUGUUCUUUUUGGACGUUAACCCGCUCUGUUACGAAGGAAGCAAGCCCAGCUUGCACUCCUUCGGGCGGUGGCUCUCUCUGUUUCUCUAUCAAGUCAGCCUCACUGACCCCGUCAUUGCUGUUAUUGAUGGAGAAGGAGGCAGCGAGCAUCGCAGAAAGUUGCUACCUUCAUAUAAAGCACAUAGGAAAAAGUUCAUGAGACACAUGUCAAGUGGCCAUGUUGGGAGGUCUCAUCAAGUUAUAAAUGAUGUUCUUGGAAAAUGCAACGUGCCAGUGAGUUGCUGUGUCAUUGCUAUUAUAAAAUGAUGUACUUGUCUAUAAUUUUAUUUUUUGACGAGUAAUGUGCUUCAUUUUUAUGAUAUAUGAUUAAUGCUGCUAAAACUUACAUUGAAAGUGAUGCAUGCUUGACUUCCUACUAGUUCAAAAUUAGUUAUUCUCCCAAUCCACAAAUCUAAUUCGGAACCCCAAGUUUAACAGAAAAGUUAUGUUUAAUUCUUCGAUGUAUUCCAUUUGGGAGGGUUUUCAAGUAAACAACUGUAUCUUUACCAAAUUUCUAUACUAUUUUAACAUAAAAAAGAGUUUUUUUAAAUCUUAAACGUAUCACUAGUUUCUGGGUAUGUAGAUGAGUUUGCAGAACAGAAAUCUGUUGUAAGGCCAUUAGAAACAUAAACAUACACAGGCUACAAAUUUGGAUGUGCUUGGCAGGGAAAUUGUUGAAUGAUG